AUACAAUGAAGGUGCUUCACAUAUUUGUGAUGUUGCCACACAGAAUAUAAUUUUGACAGAUGUCAUUAAUCAUUUUUGACAUUUUAAGUCAACUGGCAACUUGGUGUCUUUUUUUGUCAACUGGCAAAAGGAAUAUCCAUCGAAGAUGGGUAAGAUUAUGAAACCUGGAAGAGUGGUGCUGGUCCUAAGUGGCCGGUACGCGGGCCGCAAAGCCAUUGUAGUCAAAAACUACGACGAAGGCACCUCCGACAAACCAUACGGACAUGCUUUCGUCACCGGCAUCGACAGAUAUCCACGCAAAGUCCACAAAAGGAUGGGCAAAAACAAAAUUCACCAGCGUUCGAAGAUAAAGCCUUUCGUCAAGCUAGUGAACUACAACCACUUGAUGCCCACACGUUACUCCGUUGACUUCAGCUUCGAGAAGUUCAGUGCAAAGGACCUGAAGGACCCUGCCAAGCGCAAGAAGCUCCGUUUUAACACACGAGUCCGCUUUGAAGAGAGGUACAAGAGCGGGAAGAACAAGUGGUUCUUCCAAAAGCUUAGGUUCUAAGGUGUAAUUUUAAAAAUAAACAUUACUACUGUAAUGCA